CGCAACCAGUUGCAGCUGAGGAAAGAGCGGAGUCUUCAGCAUGGCUUUCUACGCAGAAUCUUGGCUCACUGAGCUGUUGGUAGCCCUGUCACUGGUAGUGGUGGCAAUGUAUAUGUGGUUCUCCCACUCGUACAAGUACUGGCAGAAGAAGGGGACGCCUUACUUGGAACCGCAAUUCCCUUUUGGCAAUAUCUACAAGAGUUUUGUGGGCAAGCAGUCGAUGCCGCUGGACAUGGCUGAGGCAUACCGGCAACUGAAAGGCAAUCGUUUCGGCGGAAUAUACUUCUUCAAGCGACCGACCUUGGUGGUAGUGGACCCAGAUUUGAUCCGCAGCCUUCUCGUUAAGGAUUUCUGGACUUUCCAGGACAGAGCGGCACCAGUAAACCAAAAAGAACCUCUGUCCCAACAUCUUUUAGUGUUGCGUGGGAACAAGUGGCGGAGGUUACGCGUGAAGCUGACGCCCACGUUUACAUCUGGGAAGAUGAAGAUGAUGUUCCAGACGAUGGCAGACUGCGGCCGCGAGAUGGUGAAGGCUCUGGAGGAGCCGGCGACACGGGGGGAGGUGAUCGAGAUGCGGGAGCUGAGCGCCCGCUACACCACGGACGUCGUCGCGUCCGUCGCCUUCGGCAUCCAGGUCGACUCCCAGCGGGACCCGGAGAACGAGUUCCGCCAGUGGGGGCGGCGCAUCUUCUCACAGGGUCCGCUGAACACCCUGAACACACUUAUCAGCUCUAUAAAUCCCAAACUUUUGACGCUACUAAGGAUACAAAGUAAUAUUUCAGUCAUCUCGGAGUACUUCCGUGGGAUGGUGAGGGAGACAGUGAAGUACAGGGAGGAGAACAACAUAACGAGAAACGACUUCAUGCAGCUGAUGAUCCAGCUCAAGAACGAGGGAAGCGUCGACAGCCGCAAGGACGGAGAACACAAGGAGACAGAGGCAGACGCCUGGAAGUUAUCGAUCGACGAAGUCGCAGCCCAGGCGUUCGUGUUUUUCGCCGCGGGUUUCGAGACCUCGUCUACCGCCAUGAGCUUCGCCCUCCACGAGCUGGCUCACCACCCAGACAUCCAAGCGCGUCUGCAGGGCGAGAUUGAUUCAGUCCUCAAGCAGCACGAGGGACAAGUCACCUAUGAUUCUAUAAGCAGUAUGCCCUAUCUCGACAAAGUAGUCGCAGAAACUCUGAGGAAAUAUCCGCCAGUCCCGAUACUGAACAGAGUGUGUAAUGCUGAGUACAAGAUUCCUGACAGCGACGUAGUCCUGGACGAAGGAACCUCUAUUAUGAUACCUGUGUACGGAUUGCACCACGACCCAGAGUUCUAUCCAGACCCCGAGCUCUUCGACCCCGAGAGGUUCUCUGAAGAGCAGAAGUCCCAGAGGCACUCCUACGUCUACCUGCCGUUCGGAGAGGGCCCACGCAACUGCAUAGGUAUGCGAUUUGGACUGCUACAGACCAAAGUCGGCCUUGCAAACAUACUCUCAAACUACAGGGUAGAACCGUGCGAGAAGACCGUUCGCCAUUUGUCCUUCGAACCCAGAUCAGGCAUCCUCAAGUCGAAAAGCGGUAUCCAGCUGAGGCUUAGGAAGAGAAACAAAGUGUAGUGCUUGUUACGUAUUGUUGGAUGUUUUAUGAAAUGACAAUACUUUAAAAAUUAUCAUAAUUGUACAUCGUGUAAUAAAGACAAUUUAUCUGGUUCAA